AUGGAGUUGAAUGAAGAGGAAGAUGAUGUCCAUUUUGGAGACAUGUACGACAGUGUUUGGGAUGAGAUUCGUGUUGAAGAAGAAAUGGCUGCUGAGUUCACUGACUACUUUCCAGGCACUGCAAAGACAUAUGGCAUGGACUAUACAUUCCUGAGCCUGUUCAACACCGACGAAAAUAGAGUCUACUGCAAAACAAACAUGUACUAUUUGUUUAGCUGUAAGCAAGAGUGGGAGAUUGCAUCAUGGUUACUGGGUUCUGGUUUGAGUAUGGGGAAGAUAGAUUUGUUCUUGUCAGUCGAGAUGGUGAGAUUAGGGACCUUCCUUUGUCAUUCUGCUGUGCCAAAGAGCUGCGAGGAUGAGCAGAAAUGUUAG